CUGAUAGUCCGCCAUAGUCGUCUUCGUCAUCUUCUCUCAUCUUCUUCUCCGGUAGAACAGCUCUUCCUCUCCGUCUCCCCUCUCGAGCGACAGCGAAUCCGAACGCGACCUAUCAAGUCAGGCGCCAUGAUCAGCGUUCUUGCACAGGAACGCCUGCUUGGAGCUGCUCUGGGGAGCGCUCUGACCGGAAUAAUCGUUUUUGAGGAGCGGAAAAGGAUCUACAGAUCCAUUUCCGAUGAUCAGUCCCACGGCGCCACCAAAUCUCAGGUGAAGGAGCCUAUGUUCGGGAAAAACUCGCGCUCAGAACUUGCACAACUCUGGAACAGGACAGUGGACAGGACACUGGGACCUAUUAUUGAGUCUCUCAGCUCCCGUGGGUGGUAGAUAUGUCUGAAAUUUUCCGCCAUUAUAUGUAAUUCUUACUCAGAAUUAAACUUGUAAUGAUUGUCCGAGUUCAUUCAUUCAACCAUGCUCUUAAAGAGGACCUUAUGUGGCUGGGGCUGUAGUUUUGAGGACUUGUAUCAUGAUAUCGCCAGAAACUAUAGCUUUAGAUGCUUGUCUGUUUCGAUUUCUGCUCUUCCUUGUAUGCGGCAAAAACAGUAGUAUACUUUGAUAUGUGACCUUUCCAAUCCUUUCUUGUUGUCAAUCUUCUA